AGUUCCGUGGAGUGAGUGUGUGCAGAUAGUCAUCACAGUUUUGGGACCUGUAAAUACUCCCACACAACAAGUUCAAAAUGUCGGCAGAAAACCCAAUCUACGGACCCUUCUUUGGAGUUAUGGGGGCGGCGUCUGCUAUUAUCUUUAGCGCGCUGGGAGCUGCAUAUGGCACUGCCAAGUCAGGCACGGGUAUCGCAGCCAUGUCGGUGAUGCGGCCCGAGCUUAUCAUGAAGUCCAUUAUCCCCGUUGUCAUGGCGGGUAUUAUUGCCAUUUACGGGCUGGUAGUAGCUGUACUGAUAGCAGGUUCUUUGGAGCCUCCCACUAACUACCCACUCUACAAGGGAUUCAUCCACUUGGGCGCUGGUCUGGCCGUGGGUUUCUCCGGUCUGGCGGCAGGUUUCGCCAUAGGCAUCGUGGGUGAUGCCGGCGUUCGUGGUACCGCGCAACAACCGAGGUUAUUCGUCGGAAUGAUCCUGAUCCUCAUUUUCGCCGAAGUGUUGGGUCUAUACGGUCUCAUCGUGGCCAUCUAUCUUUACACAAAACAGUAAAUCUGCAGAGCACACUCCACUCCCGUCGGCCGUGUUCCGAGUCUCUAUGCCGGCAUUUAUCAUUCGCGCACAGGGAGUCGUCGCCGGUAGCGGCCCGUAUAGAGUCCCGGAUCGCCGCAUAACUAAGGCCGUUCCUCCUAUUUACAUUGAACAUUUCUAUCGAUGGGAACAGUGGCACUGUUUUUUUUUCCCACUAUUCCUAUUAUAAUUUAUUUGAAUUGUAAGUCUUCUAGGGCUUUUCUCAAUAAAAUUUCAUGAUUGUGUAUAUUUUUCCAAAUCUUAAUCGGACACUUGUAAUCCUUAUUAUGUUUGCAUAAUAUUGUAAAUGGAAAUAGUGGGAACGCCCGCAUUCCGCAUCCUUGUAUACUAGUGUUCCCGCCCGGAGCCGGCCGGUGUCGCCUCGAUGCUGCGGCGGCGCUGCGCCUCGCUUCGCGCUUGUAUAAAUCAUUUUUUCUAUUUCAAUUAUAUAUAGAAUAUCGAAUUGAGAUCAUGUUCGACGCUACCGUGCGACGACGGCGUAAUUUAAUUAUUUUAAUUUAUUAUAUUACAUUUCUGUUUCGGUGACGGGAUGACUCCCGUUCCACCUUUCGACAUAUCAGAGUUGAUUUGCGCGUCCCCGUCCCUCGCGAACGUAACUUCAUACCAUCUGACGAUAUCACUUUUAGAUUAUUUUAGCAUAAGGCGAAACUAAUGUACAGUUAGAGUAGAAAUUUAAGUCCAAACAAGUUAUCUUAAAUAAUUUAUGAACCGUUGAAACCCCCGGUACCGUGUACCGACCGUGUUUAACGCUGAGAAGUUGGGUCAAACCUGGCUCUAUUCUACAUGCUAAUUAGCUUUCAGUGUUAUAGUGGACGUAUGUAUCCUAAUAAAACUGUUGGCCUGUGAAUAUGUUCUAUAAUAUAAAUCUCGAGAUAGUGACCACUGAGAUAAAUUUUUAAAGCAAGUCACGAACAUUGUAUUGCCAGGAAAUCAGUAAAUAAAAAUGAUUUGUACAUUCC